CGAGAAGUUUCGUGGAGUAGAAACGUGGUGUGGUAAGAAAGUGAGCCUUUCUGUUUCAGACGUCUGUGCGGAACAUUUAUCGUUUGUUACUCUGUGUGUCUCGAGAUUUUUCUUGUGAAAUCUGACGAACAAUGUCGAGCAGCGAGGAGAAAUUCGACGCAAUGUUGCUGGCCAUGGCCCAGCAACACGAGGGUGGUGUGCAAGAACUGUUGGAUACGAUAUUUAGUUUUCUCGCAAGGAAAACUGAUUUUUAUACUGGCGGCGGCAAGGGAGCUGCAGAAAAGCUUGUUCUUAGUAAAUUCAGGAAACAUGAAAGCACAGCCAUUGCAAAGGCCGCGAGCGAAAAGGCGGAGCGCGAAGAGCAAGAGAAACGUCGAAAGGAGAGGCUGGAAAAGAAAAAGAGAGAAGAGAAAGCAGAGGAGGAGAAGAUGAAUUCUGAGCGUAAGAUUGUGGAACUGACCGAUGAGGAAGCUGCCUGGUUACAAGAGGAAAUAGAUAGUAAGAAAGCAGAGAAAGAAGCACCAGCAGUUCCUGGACCAAGCGGAGACAAUGCCGAUGGCGAAAAGAAGGAUGAGAACAUGGAAGACGAUGAGGAGGAGGACGAGGUUGAGAAGAACAAACUCAGGCCUAACAGUGGAAAUGGCGCAGAUCUGAAAAACUACCAAUGGACUCAGACACUUCGGGACCUGGAGAUCCGAAUACCGCUGAACGUGAGCUUCUCGGCGCGACCACGGGACGUGACGGUCACGAUCACGAAGAAGCACCUGACCUGCGGCGUGAAGGGUCGCUUGCCGAUCAUCGACGGUGAUCUGCCGCACGAAGUCAAAGUCGUGGAGUCCACUUGGGUGAUCGAGGACGGCAAACGGUUGCUGAUCAUCCUGGAGAAGGUAAACCAGAUGCAAUGGUGGGCCCACGUGGUGACCAGCGAUCCGGAAAUCAGCACGAAGAAAGUGAAUCCGGAGCCGAGCAAGCUCUCCGACCUCGACGGUGAAACCAGAGGCCUGGUGGAGAAGAUGAUGUACGACCAGAGGCAGAAGCAGCUGGGCCUGCCGACCUCCGACGAGCAGAAGAAGCAGGACAUCAUUAAAAAGUUCAUGGAGCAGCAUCCGGAGAUGGACUUCUCGAAGUGCAAGUUCAACUGAAGCGGCGCCGAUCGAGGACUCGGCAGCCCGUGUCGGCCGGUGUCAAACGAUCGCGCUACCGACCCGGAGGCGGCCCAUCUUCUCAUUCCCGUGCCUGUGCCAUCCGGGCCCGACCGCGCGCAUCGUUGGAUCGUCGCCUGUCCGCGCGAGACCGCUCGCUAAUCUCUCCGCAUCUUUCUUUCACCCUUUCUUUUUCUACGCGUGACCGGCAGUCGCCGCGAAAGAGGACGCCGGCCGGCCGGCCGGCCGUUGAACGGCCGACCCGCCUCGUCCUGUUCGCCGAUUCCUUUAAAGGUCGACUACGAGGAACAGAGAGAAACGCCAUCCACGCUUUCUUGCGGCUCGCGCAGGCCAGUUUUUAUUUCGCGUCAACGAUCCGCAGUCUAUUCAUUUAUUUUGCGCAACGAGCUCUCCGCUGUUCCAGCGAUCGCGCGCCGACGCUGAGAUUACGUUGAUCAUUGCGUUGAUCGUGGAAUGGCACCUGAUCGGCUCGAUCCUCCGUGUUCCUAAUUCAGUGCCGACUUCGAAUCGGCGUAAAGAUCAGUGUAAAAUCGAAAGACGGAAGUCGCAGACGAUGCAAUUAUGCCACCGGAUGCUUUUUGUUUUCUCGCGACCGCGGCGUCGAAUAUCGAAACAGCGCCGAUUUCGGGUGCCAUUCCAGGCUCGAGAGAUCGCGAUCGCUCGACCAGAGGGUUAGUUAUCACACGAUAAGGCUACGGUGAUCGUUCCUUAAGAAACUACGAUUAGCUCGCACCGAUUGGUCGACAGCCGCGGGCCGCGGUAACUCGAUCGAAGCCGAUGGCGCGCACAGUGUUCGUUGUUCGUCAAUCGAAAUUGUUCGAUUCCUUCAUCACCCGACUGAUCCAGCGAACGUAGUUCGACAGCCGCGCGUAGAUCCCGAAUUUGCCGCGUUU